GAGUGGCAGCUUGGUGGAUUCAGCACCCCGAGGGCAGUGGACAGCGCCCGGCCGAGAGCACCCCGGCCGUGCCCUGCAAUGCCCGCGACGACAGCAUGAGACGGAGGAAGUGGAGAGCGGAGCUGCCGCGGCCGGCGCACCCCGAGCAGAGGCCCGAGACGCUGCCGCGCUCCUCCGACCCGGAGAGCCCCGGGGGCGCGCUGGCCGGCCAGGGCGCGCCGACGCCCGGCAGUGAGGGUAGCGCCGCGUCGCGUGGCCAGCCCAGCGCGACGCCGCCGCUGCUGUCCGACCCCGUGCCCGAGUUCUCGUGCGGAACCAGCGAGGAGGAGGAGGUGGAUGAGGAGGAGGUGGAUGCCGAGCAGCCGGGGCUGGCGGCUCCGGAGCGCCACGGGGGUAGCCGCGGAGCGCCGGAGCCGAGGCCCAGGUGCGAGUCCGUGCCAGGGAACGGCACCCAGGGGCGGACCUCGGCUGGCAUCGCGAAGAGGAGCCGCGCUCCGCAGUCGCUCGGUGUCACUCUGGGCCUCGGAUCUCCGCAAUCCGAUCUCUACAACAACGAUGACGACGAUGAUGACGAUGACGAGGUGGUGGAUGCAGAGGAGUCGAUGGAGGAACACAAGAGUGUGAUCAUGCACCUGCUCUCUCAAGUCAAGCUGGGCAUGGACCUCACCAAGGUGGUGCUGCCCACCUUCAUCCUGGAGAGGCGCUCGCUGCUCGAGAUGUACGCAGACUUCUUCGCUCACCCCGACCUCUUCGUGAGGAUAGCGGAGGAGCCGGAGGCACGGGAGCGCAUGGUGGCCGUGGUCCGCUGGUUCCUAUCGGCGUUCCACGCGGGCCGCUGCGGCUCCAUCGCCAAGAAGCCGUACAACCCGGUGCUGGGCGAGACGUUCCGCUGCUACUGGGAGCUGCCUCGCUCGCCCCGUCGCUCUCCCGGCAGCAGCCCCGUCGUCGUUCCGGACGGCCCAGUCCCCUGGGCGACACGUGACCAGGUGGCGUACGUCGCAGAGCAGGUGUCUCACCACCCGCCAAUUUCAGCCUUCUACGCCGAGUGCUACAGCCGGAGGAUUCAGUUCAUGGCUCACAUCUGGACCAAGUCCAAGUUUCUGGGGGUGUCCGUGGGAGUGCAGAACAUUGGCCGAGGCUGUGUGUCUCUGCUCCGCCAGGAGGAGGACUACAUCCUCACCUUCCCCAGCGGAUACGGUCGAUCCAUCCUGACGGUGCCGUGGGUGGAGCUUGGGGGCGAGUGCUCCGUGCGCUGUGCGCGCUCGGGAUUCCACGCCAGCGUCACCUUCCACACGAAGCCCUUCUACGGGGGCCGGCGCCACCGCGUCUCCGCCGACAUCUAUGAACCCAAGGAGAAGAAGCCCUUCUGCUCCAUAGAAGGGGAGUGGAACGGGGUGCUGUUCACGAAAGAGACCAACGUGCCUCACGGCGGCUCGCUCUUCAUGGACACGCGCAGCGUCCCGACGACCAAGAAGAAAGUGCGCAGGGUGGAGGAGCAGCAGGGGAACGAAUCGCGACGGCUGUGGAGGGAGGUGACGCGGAGCCUGCGGGCACACGACCUGGAAGCGGCCACGCAGGCCAAGCACCGCGUGGAGGAGCGGCAGCGAGCAGAGGCGCGCGAGCGAGCGGCGAGCGGCGCCCCCUGGGAGACGCGGCUCUUCCAGAAGCACGGGGAGCACUGGGAGUACGCGAACCCCCUCGCCAAGCGCCUGGGGGCCACGGAUCAGCCGUGACCUCUCGGGGGUUCGUCCACCAGGAGCGGCGGCCCGACACCGGGCAGCUCAGCGCGUGGGCGAGGAGGCGCGUUCCGUCAACCUUCCCCCGACUCGUCUCUGGCGCUCAUUUCCUGUGCGCCCUUUCCCCGCGUUAACGUUAGGCCUGUCACUCGGGUUGACACUUGCGAGGUACACAAAACAAGCAGGACAUAUCAAUGGGAAGGAGAUGUCACAGUACCGGAGGAGGGGGGGGGGGGGAACUCCGUGCGAAUGCGUCGUCUUGACGACUGGUGCGUUAUUCCACAACUGGCGAAAAACGGCACUUUCUUCGUCCAAGCGAAGACUUGCGUAUUUCCCAGGAUGGCUACCUCAAAACGAAGACAAUCCUGGGAUCGAGGUAGCCGUUCUGGGAAAAACCAGGACGGGUGGCAACCCUAUUCGUUCCAACGUUGAGGCUCCGAGGCACCGGGCGGGAGUUGUCGCUCGUUACGAGGGGAUCAGGAACCAGGCACCGCCUCUCGCGGCUCCCUCGCUCCAGCCGUGGAUGAAAGUGCUGCCGGCGCAGCCUCGUCACGCCGUGUGGAGACCACCGGUGGGUGAGCAGAUGCAGCUGCCACCUCAGGGGCGGUUGUGAUUUACGAGCCGCUUCUUUCCUCGCUUGGUCGCUCUCCUUGCCCCGCCAAACCUCGUCGGAGAAGUGACCUUUGGCGGAGACGGGGCCGCAAGGGCGUCUCACCCCCCCACCCCCCAGCCGGCACCCCCAGCCGGCACCCC